AUGGAUCUUAGUCUCCUUUAUUUCUCGCAAGUCUUUAUUUCUCAGAAGUUAUCGCAGCAAUUGGGAUUGGCAGAAUCGGACAAACAAAUUAUGGAAAUAACCUCGUUCGGCAUGAGGAAUCCAACACUGUGUCCCACAGCUUCUACCCAAUUGAAUGUUCGAACGGUGAAAAACGACGUUAUAACGUUAUCUGUUAAGAAAUUAACAGAUCAGUGGGAAGAACCCGAUAUAUUGAUUAGAGCCAAUCACUUCUCUGAGUUCAUCGUAUUGCCGGACAAGCAGGAAUUACGUUCUGGUCAUAUGCUGGUACAAACAAGAGUUGGCCCUAUCAUAGCUGGUAGUGGAGAUAUAAGGAAGCUUUAGUCUCCGAAUGAUAAUGAGGAUGAAGAAAUAUUGGAACGCUUUCAAAGAACCCUCACGAAAAAGGAUGGGUGUUAUUACGUCCGAUGGCCAUGGAGAGAUGCUAAACAAAAUCUAAGUGACAAUUAUAGCUUAUGCAUGGGCCGCUUAAAGAACCUAAUCACAAAGUUACAACGCAAGGCGCUUCUAACAAAAUAUCAUAACAUAAUCAUGAAACAACUACAAACAGGAACGAUUGAAGAAAUUUCCCAAAAAGACGAAGUGGGUAUCAUACAUUAUCUUCCGCAUCACGAAGUAUGGAACUCAAAUAACAGUACCACAAAAUUAAGAAUUGUUUAUGAUGCAUCAGCACAUCAAAAGGGAUAUAAGAGUCUCAAUAACGUUCUCCGCAGAGGUCCGAUAAUGCUACCCGAUCUAGUCGGAGUAUUACUACGGUUCCGUAUGAUGAAAUUAGUCAUAGUUGCCUAUAUAGAAAAGACCUUCUUACAGAUAGGUCUACAUCCAGAAGAGAGAAAUUGCACAAGGCUCUUAUGGAUCAAGAAUUUAACCGAGGAGGUAUUAGAGAAGAAUGUCAAAUCUUACGGAUUUAAACGAGUACCGUUUGGGAUAAUAUCAUCACCCUUAUUAGCGGCAACACUCAAAUAUCACUUGGACAAUGCAGCAUGUAGACUGGCAUGGGAAAUAAAACGAAACCUCUAUGUCGAUAACAUCAUUUUGACAGCAGAUGACACAAAAGAAGCGAUAGAUAAAUACCGUGAAACCAAAGAAAUAUUCAGAAAGGCUUCGAUGAAUGUUAGAGAAUUCUUAUCCAACGAUAAGGAAUUUAAUAAACGAUUGUCAGAGGACGAUCUGAACAAAUCGAAUAAAGACACUUUCUUUGGGCUUAAUUGGAACCACGAAACAGAUACCAUGCAACUAAGAUUGAAAUCAUGGUCAAACAAAAGGUUGACAAAGCGAAUGAUUUUGCAAUUUAUCGCAUCGCAGUACGAUCCAUUGGGAUAUUUAAUCCCAAUUAUGAUAAAGUUUAAAUUAUUCAUGCAGCACUUAUGGAAGGAGAAGUAUACAUGGGAUCAAUCCAUAAAUGAUACCGAUAAGGAGAAAUGGGAGGCGCUUAUAUCAGAUUGGCCGAAAGUAGUCAAGCAAAUACCGAGGUACCUAACCAGGGAUACCAAUUCAAUGGAGUUUCAUAUAUUUACUGACGCGUCUAAACAUGCCUAUGCGGCUGCUGUAUAUGUAAGAUACAUUGACGAGGAAAGUGAAGUUGCUAAAUCUUAUUUGCUGUAUGCUAAAUCUCGAAUAGCACCAAUCAAGGAUAUAUCAAUCCCUAAACUCGAAUUGUUAUCCAUAUUAAUUGGAGUCAGAGCAGGCCGAUUCGUAUUAGACCAAUUAUCGUGUCAUGGGAAAUAUGUAACUGUGUGGUCAGAUGCAAAGGCUGCCCUUUUCUGGGUGAAAAAUGAAUCAAAGGCACUGUCAGAACAACUGAACACCGGAAAAUGCUUUCCAUGA